AGUGCGCGCGCGCUUGGCACGGAGCCGCGCACUCCAGCCCAUACCCGUAGUAAAGCAAAGCUCCAAACUAGACAUGGCGGCGGAUCCUCAGCCGGACUGGCUCUCCUGCCUUCCCUCUUCUUGGAGUUAUGGGGUGACUCGGGAUGGACGCAUAUUCUUCAUUAACGAAGAAGCAAAGAGUACAACCUGGUUGCAUCCAGUUACAGGAGAAGCUGUCAUCACGGGGCACAGAAAAACCCCAGAUUUACCAACAGGAUGGGAGGAAGGAUAUACAUUUGAGGGAGCUCGCUGCUUCAUCAACCACAAUGAGCGAAAGGUGACCUGUAAGCACCCGGUGUCUGGGUUCCCCUCACAAGACAACUGCAUCUUUGUGGUUAAUGAACAUGUGAAUUGUGGAAAGUUUGUCCACCCUGAGAAACCUGUAGAGGCUGUCACCAGAUCGGCUCCCAAGUCUUCGUCGGAACAGGGAAGCAGCAGUGACAAGAAGGAGCGUCCUAUGAGUACCAUGAGUGAAGCGUCAAACUACACAGGUGGCUCCGAUUACAGCACCUUCACUGGCAGCCCAGCCACCACAGUCACUACUGCCAUUACCACUUCCACCUCAUCUACACGGCCUUCUAGGUCUUCCAGAAAAGUCCACAACUUUGGCAAGAGGUCCAACUCAAUCAAGAGAAACCCCAAUGCCCCAGUGGUGAGGAGCAGCUGGCUUUACAAACAGGACAGUACAGGCAUGAAGCUGUGGAAGAAGAGGUGGUUCGUCCUGUCUGACAUGUGCCUCUUCUACUACCGUGAUGAAAAAGAGGAUAGCAUCCUAGGAAGCAUCCUGUUGCCCAGUUUUCACAUAUCUAUGUUGUCGGUGGAUGACCACAUCAGCAGGAAAUAUGCCUUUAAGGCCACGCACCCCAACAUGCGGACAUAUUACUUCUGCACUGACACAGCCAAAGAGAUGGAGUCCUGGAUGAAAGUCAUGACAGACGCUGCUCUCGUCCACACUGAACCAGUCAGAAGAACGGACAAGUUGAAAGGGGACCAGCGGAGACCUCAAGAGCUGAACAACCUGCUGAACCACAGAGUCCUCACACGGCCCGAGAUCCAGAACAACGAACGCAAUCGAGAACCUGCGUGUCAACAUUCCCUGUCGCAGGUCGACGACAAAUGGCAAAAAGAUGUUGUGAAACACAAUGACCAGAGGGAGCAAGAGUACUACACCUUACAGCGGGAGGGAGAAAGGUACUCUCUGAAGAAAGAGGGCGUGAGCUACAUGCUGCAGAAGGAUGGAGAUAGGUAUCUCCUGCACAAGGAUGGAGAAAAGUACCUCCUGAGAAAGGAUGGGGAGAAAUACUCGCUGCAGAAAGAUGAAAAAGUGUACACCAUUCACAGAGAUCUGGAGAAGUGCGGCGUCCGUAAAACGGAUGAUAAACACGCGGUGACGCCGGCUGAGGAAAAGUACGCACCCUCCAAAGAUGGGGAGAAGUAUCUGCUCGCAAAAGACGGAGAAAAGUACGCGCUGCAGAAAGUAUGCGACCGACACACGCUCCAGAAAGAUGGAAAAAAGUGCCUCUCUCAAAAAGAGGUCAAGAGACAGCUGUCAUUAAAGGAAACUGAAAGGUUCAGCACUAUGAGGGAGAAGGAUAAUAAAUAUGGCACUAUACAAGUUAUGGACAAAUACAACACUAUGAAAGAAAUUAAGAGAUACAGCUCGUUUCGAGAGGGGGAUAAAUACGCGACUCUGAGGGACGCAGAGAAAUGUGCUACGGUUUGUGAUAAAUACGGCUUUCAGAGAGAUCCGAGCACCGACAGGGCUCUGACUAAAAUCAACAGCAUCAAGCUACAACCAGCCCAGGCUGCCGCCAUCGCAGCUGCGGUGUCUGCGUCUCGCCAGAACCAGGCCAACAUCAGCGCCCAGAAACCUGCACAGGUCAGUGGCUCAGGGUGUGGGACAGGCGAGCAGCAAAGGGACUGCAGCCCCACAGAGGUGGAUGGCAACCUGGCCAGGGUUCCCGUAAAGUCUCCAGCUCCAGUCCAGGAGCCAGAAAAGGGUUUGUCCAGGACCAACUCCAUUCAGCAGCUGGAGCACUGGGUCCACCCGCAAAGGAGAGGAAUGGACGAUAACCCAAAGAGUGUUACAUCGUACCAGACUUUACCGAGAAACAUGCCCAGCCACCGUACCCAGAUUGUACCCCGCUACCCUCAGGGGUACCGCACGCUGCCCCGCAACAGCAUGAUGAGGCCCGAAAGCAUUUGCAGUGUGGCAGGCUCGGUAUAUGACCGGGCCCUCCAUCCAGCCUGCACGUCUGCUGUUAGCACAACAGAGAAGAGAAAAUCAAUGAGGGAUGACACAAUGUGGCAGCUCUAUGAGUGGCAGCAGAGGCAGGCCUUCUCCAGGCAAAGUCUGGCUCAGCCAGCAGGUGUGGGUCAUUACGGCACGCUGCCCAGCAUUAAGACCAUGGGCAACAUCUCCCAACAUGCCGUGGCGCACUCCAUUCCCACUUCCCCAUCUCAUGGCUCUCUGGCUCUGUACAGCACAUUCUCCCCUUCUCGUCAGCAGGUUGCUCAAAAUCAUAGUAGCUCCCACUCUGAGGUUUCUUCGCCCAUAUUGAGGGGGGACGUGACUCUUGAUCGCCGGCACAGGACACACCUUGCGAAGUACGGAUACACAGCUGAUCGACGAUCCAUUGCAGUUGGCAUCCCAUCUCAGACUAUCACUCCACAGUCUCUGCAGGGCAAGACGCCGGAGGAGCUGACACUGCUGCUGAUCAAGCUUCGCCGGCAGCAGGCGGAGCUCAACAGCCUGCGGGAACACACAGUAGCUCAGCUAAUGGCCGUUGGUAUGGAAGGGCACAACGCAAAGACUGAUGUUCUCUUCCAUCAUCUCCAGAGGAACCUUAUAUACCUGGAAAGUCAGACGAAGGAGAAUGAGCCUCUAAUCUUCAUGAUUCACACUAUGAUUGAGAACUCUGCACCAAGGCCACAACUCUACCAGCAAACGAGUUCAGAUGACUACAAAGACGGCGCCUUCGUCCAGCGCCCAGAGGAGGCUGACAUAGAUACCAAGCUGAGCAGACUGUGUGAGCAGGACAAAGCAGUGAGGAUGCAGGAGGAGAAACUGCAGCAGCUACACAGAGAGAAGCACACUCUGGAGACAGCGCUGCUGUCUGCCAGUCAGGAGCUGAGUGAACAGAGUGACUCCAAUGCAGCAGCCACACAGAGCCUGGUCCAACAGAGAGAUGUGCUGCAAAAUGGGCUGCUCAGCACCUGCAGGGAGCUGUCCCGAGUCAGCACUGAGCUAGAGUGCUCCUGGAGGGAGUACGACCUACUGGAAGCAGAUGUUACUCUGGCCAAAUCCAACCUACUGGAACAGCUGGAGGCCCUGGGCAGCCCACAGACAGAGCCUCCAAGUCAGCGGCACAUUCAGAUCCAGAAAGAGCUGUGGAGGAUCCAGGAUGUGAUGGAGGCGCUGUCCAAGAGCAAACCCCAGCGGAGCACAAAUAGCAGUUUUCUUGGUUCAAAGCCACUCAGCAUCCAGCAGAAGAAUGAGGCAGUCACUCAGCCACUCAGUCCUCCCAAGGAGGGCAACAGCGUACCCCCCCGCCCGCCUCUCCCCCAGUACUACGACUCAUCAGACCGCCCCCCUCAAGUGCCCCCCCACCACUCGCACCGUGGUGGCCCCAUGCCCUCCCACAAUUAUCGUCCUGAAGACCGCAAAACCGGCACCAGGAAUGGAGCACACAGUCAAGCUCCAGAUUACCGGCUAUAUAAGAGUGAGCCGGAGCUGACCACGGUGAACGAGGAAGUGGACGAGGCCAACGGUGAAGAGAAGGACAAGGCUGAGACUGAAAGUAAAGACGGCCCAUCAUCCAAAGUGUCCCCGUACCGAGUGGGUGUCAUCCCCCCCAGGACCAAAUCCCCAAUGAGCCCUGCCGAGUCCUCCACUAUUGCUUCCUACGUUACCCUGAGGAAGACCAAGAAACCUGAAUCCAGAUCUGAUCGUCCCAAAAGUGCAGUGGAUCAAAUAGGAUUUGGGGAGAGAGAGGUGGGCAGAACAAGGAUGAGUGUAGAGGAGCAACUGGAUCGACUAAGAAGAAAUCAGGAGGCCUUGUUGCUCCGUGAGAAAAAGAAAGAAACCCCAACCCGCUCACCGUCCUUCAGCAAAGACAAUCCAUUUCUUAUUCUGCAGAGUCGUAUCCCAGCAGGAGCCGGUGCAGACCCUUUGGAGCUGGAGGCUGCACUGCAGCAGCUGAAGGUGGAGCACAAGGAGCAGAGCAGAGCUUCUGUUGACGCUGCAGGAAACUGCACAGAAAGAACGCUGACUGUUGCAAAGGAGAUGCCCACAGCAGAGGAGGUGAAAAAUGGCAAAUGUGAGGAAGUAAAGCAAGACGGGAACACGGGCCUGAAGAGUGUGGAAGAGCCACAGGUUACGAUGGGCAGAUUAGAUCAUGAGCUGUGUGAGAGUCAAAAGGUGGUGAUCCUGGACUUGGGCACGGAGCCUCAGCGGGUGGAGAUUGUGAACCUUGAGCCCUUCGAGGACGAUGAAAGCCGAGAGCAAGAUCUGACCAGCUCACCUACAAAUGCCACCACUGAAAACAGCUUCCAGAUUGUUGAGCCUGAGACUCCAAGCCCUGAGCCCGAGGUCGAAGAGAUGACACAACCGUCGAGGGGAGAUAAGAACCUCGGGAAGAGCCUGGAUUCAUACAACCAGCUGACAGCAGACAACAAAAAACACAGCAACAGUAUUUUGGCAUCGCAGACGUUCACUUUGGUGAGCAGUGACACGUGAGCAAUGGCGGCCUGGACAUCCUCACUGGCGUCCCAUUGAGCUCAAAUGUAUCCAGCCUGCACAGAGCAAUGCUUCCUGCAUUUACAACGAAAUCUGUUGGCACUAGUGUUACGUGCCAAUACAGAGACGGAGACUGAGAGGAUGAUGAUUCAGACUGACCGACACCUAGACGACCAGCCAUCAUAUUCAAAGAGGCAGAUAUUCUGUAUCUUUAGUGCUCAUUAGAUCUGCCGGCACAUACUCUGUCCUUAAGCAAAACACAUUCUGUGGAGAUGUCAGCAUAUUCUAGGACUGUAAAAUGGUUUAGUUUAAAAAUUAUGUGGUUUAACUACAAAAUGCCUGAAGAAGCCCAGAAAUUCAUUGCUGUAGUGUUACAAUAAAGCUUUGUUCAGCGUUCAAACAGCUGUGCAAAAUGUGAUUAAAAGCAAAGUGCAAUUCCAACUCCAAAGUUAAAGUACAAGUUAUUAAAUGUUUAAAAGAUCAAUUUUAUUUACAUAGCACCAAAUCACAACAGUCACCUCAUGAACUGUAUAUAGGAAAGAAGGACCGUGUAAUUGUGCAAGCACUUGGCGACAGCAGAAAGGAAAAACUCCGGUUUAACAGGAACAAACUUCCAGCAGAACCAGUAUCAGGGAGGUGCAGCCAUUUGCCAUGGCUGGUUGUUGAUGUGAGGAAGAUGGGAUAAAGAGAGCCAGAGAUGAUAAUUAUUACUAAUGAUUAAAUGCAGAGAGGUGUAUAAACACAGAGUGGAGAAAAAAACCUUCACUCUCCACUUUUCAGAAAGUUUAAGGAGUGUUGAAAUACGGGAGCAAACCUGGUCUCAGUUUUUAAUGUUUCACGCAUCUAAUUCAGUAUAUUGAAAACACUGCAUUUCUCAGCUCAGAUUUAAUGUUUGAUAUGUUGCCUUUGUACUAUUUUUUUUAAUUGAAUAAGGCUUUAAAUAAUCAAACAAGUCAAAUUACUUUUUACACAGUGCCCCUGCUUUUUGGGAAUGUGUUGUAAACAGGAAGGAGUUAACCAGCGAGCAGGUGACCAAACCCCAGAUGAAAGGGAAAGGUUUGCCUUUUCCAGGCAGAAUGUAGCCACUGCUCUGGUGUGAAUACUUCUGAGUAGCCCUGAAAAGCCGAGUGGAGCCUGAUGCUGACUGGAAAGGAUUUAGACCUCGCAGGAGACGGAUAGCGUCCAGUCACUUUUAUGGACCGUGUAAUUUAGUUAGCUUCAUAAAAUUUGGGUGGUUUACUGAUAAUGGCUUUGUAAUCUGUGGCACAUGAGCAAUCCAAAGCAUUUCCAUGAUCCAAAAGGCCCACAUAUAGCAGAGUAACAAACCAUUCAUCUUGUAAAUGGAAAUUAUGACACGUGGCUCCUUCCUAACCUCAGGACAAAUGGCCAGUCCUAACAUAAAGUGUUUGUAAAUGUCUUUGGAAAUAGCUGGAUAAAUCCCUGUAAUCUAGACUCAGACAGAUGUGGUGUAAGGGGGUGAUGGAGAAACCAGUGGACUGUUCUGUUUAGUCUGAGGUUAGCACUAACCCCAUCAAGUAUCUGAAGGGUGUACUCCUGAGUGAGGGGAAACUAAGCAGAUUGGACUGGACAUGCAGUUUAAGGGUUAAGCUUUUAAUUUAAUCAUCAGUUUUGACAUCAAGCACAUCCAUAUAUAUAAAUAGUUUAUUUGGCUGAGUUCAGGUGACGUGAUAUUUUGCAGUUGCUCACUGUAUUGUGCCUUUUCGUGUGCAUUCGUGUUUCGGAGUGAGAGGCAGUGGAACAUGGGACUGAAAGGAAGGAGGACCUGAAGUUGACAGAGAUCCCUCCCAUUUACCAACCCGGUCAUGUUCAAAUCUUCGCCUGUGCUUCAACCUUUGUAGUAGCCAGUUGGUCCAGACACUGUCUGAAACAUAAACUCAGAUUAUUCACUUUAACCAUUUUUUAAAGAUUGUACUACUUAUCUGGUAAAAGUGAAAAGAAAAAAAAUCUGAAAACUUAAUGUUUUCCUUCCAUUUGUUAUGCUACAGCCAUGUGCUGCCACUGAGGCAGCGUGUUGUUUUUCUCCAAAACACCAUGUAGGAAUAUUUCUGGGCAGGCAAGAAUCUGAGCUAAACCAUUGUACAGUCUCACUUUUAUGUGUGACUUCUUUUGGAUAUAAUGUAGCCUCAUAAAACUGUGUUGUCAAAUACAUACACGUGUACAGAGCUUUUGAUACCUUACUAAGUGCUAAAGUCAUCCUAACAUAACUAUUAAAAUAACAGUUAUCUAUAGUUCUGGUGGAUGGGAUAUUAGCUGUUCCUGAGUUGCUAGAGAUGAGUGUACAGCUGUAUAUAUGAGCAUCUGAGAAGCCUCAUCACAGAUGGCACAGCACCAAACGACACAGACGCAGUGCUUUACUUUAACCCCAAGUGGCCGCUAAUCUUUAACCUGCUCGGAUCUGGAUCCUUUGGUUGAUUUCAAACUGGAGGGAUCCCACAUCUUUUACACCUGCAAAAUAACAGAUUAGCCUUCAUUUUAAUAUAAGUAUAUCCAUAUAUUAUAUGAAUAUUAAGCUGUUUUUUUACUUUAACAAGGUGCCACAUCAUGCUGCUGUUUGUUUUUGUUUUUUUACAGAUUAAGGUAUAAAGUUAGGAUUGUUUAUGUUGAGCAGAUGGUUUGAAUACCCUGACGUGCUUGCAAAGCCUCACAGAAUAUGCGAAUGAGUUGAAUUUGAAGUCUACUUUCUCAGUUUGUGUCUCUCUUUGUUUUUCCUCACUUUGGUUUGUAUCAGUUAGAAAAUACACAUAAAAAGGAUUUAGUUUGACUCUGUCCUAGGUGGUGGAAACUCAGAAAACGGCACAUGUACAAAGCAAUAAAUAGGUAUUUGAAGCCCCAGGACAUUUAAAAAAUUAAGAGAUAAAUAAACUGUAAAAAAAAAAAUUAAGAUAAGAUAGAAAACUUUAUGUACACAGUGAAAAAAGAAGAGUGAAUAUUAUAAGAAAUUAUUAUCAUUAAUAUUAGAGUCAAUAUGCAAAACAUUCAUUUCUCAUCUGUUUUAUAUCGUGAAAUAAAUGUUGAUGUUCUUAAAACA